UAAAGGACAAGUGACACGCUUUUGGCGCCAAAUUUUUUUUUUCUUUUAACUUAAAGUAAAAUGCUGUAUGAGAGUGCUGUUGAAAUAUUUUUCCUUUCUGAUUUCAUUUACCUACUUAAAAACCCUUUUCAAAUUAUGGCGGGAAAUGAAUCACGUGACACCGUGACGUAGAUUGUGAUAAUUUGUUUUUGCUGCUACUGGUAUACAGUGCAAUAUCAACGUUUACAACACGCUUCUAAACGAAAUCAGAGUUAGUUAUCGGGUCAUUCUUUUGCAAAUUGUUUUCGACAUUAAGUAAUUCUUGUAAAUAAGUAUAAAUAGCAAUAAAAUGCGCCACUGUAUUGCUUACGGAUGCACACCAAAAGUAAGAGCUGCGGCCACCGCCGAUGGGAAGAACAUAUCAUUCCAUAAAUUUCCAGAGGACAAAGCAGUUAGGAAAGCCUGGCUUGUCAAAAUAAAACGAGAAAACUUUGUACCAAGUCGACACUCCAGAGUCUGCUCCCUUCAUUUUACAAAUGAAUCGUUUCUGAGAUCGCCUGUUGUGAACAACUCUUUGGAAGUGACGAUGAAGUCACAACUUUUGCCAGAUGCCGUCCCCACGUUAUUUGUAUAUAACAAAGUUCAAAGGCGUAUAUCUGGUGCCCGCAAAAAGAGAAUUCAUUCAGAAGUUAUUGAAUCAGCACUUGCAUCCCAUCAAUCGAGUUCAAAUGCUGAAAAUGAGCUUAUUGUUGAGGAGACCACUGAUCGGAUGGAUGCUAUGGUUACUGCGGACAUAACAGAUUCUGUUGUAACAGGUGAUAAUGAUGAUGAUGCAAAAAAAUUUGUUGAUGUCUCUGUUCAAACAGAUUCAUGCAAUUGCCGCUGUUUUUGCUUUAAAGAAGAUGAUGUACUGUCUCAGGAGAGUACCAUCGAGAGCACAAAAGAAAUUGAAGAAUCUGAUUAUGAAACAGAUGAAAGUGAUAUAGAGGAAAGUGAGGAAAGUGAUAUUGAAUAUGAAGAAAUAGUAGAUGUUUCACAAAUACCCUUGCCUGCCCACAAGGAUAGAUAUUUUCUCAUACCACAGACCAUUUUGCUCACGUUAUUCCAGUUAUGCCUUGUACCUGGUUGUUUGAAAUCUGCAACGGCUAAAAUAGUUUCAAUUAUUGGGACAAUGGUGAAGAUUUCAGUGAGUUGUGCAGCUGGACAUGAAACUACCUGGCACAGCCAAAAAUACCACCAACAACUGCCCAUUGGUAAUCUACUUGCAUCAGCAGCUGUAUUUUUGAGUGGAAGCAGUAUUGCCAAGGUAUCAGUGAUGAUGCAUCAUCUUGGAGUGCCAUUCAUUUCUAAAAGAACUUUUUACAGGCAUCAGAAGCUCUAUCUAAUCCCAGCUGUCAAUGAUGAAUAUCACCGACAGCAUUUGGAGAUCAUAGAACAAUUGAAAGGAAAAGAGAUUAUUCUGGGAGGUGAUGCAAGGUGUGAUUCUCCAGGCCACUCUGCUAAAUAUGGCUCUUAUACCUUUAUGGAUUUGACGCACAACAAAAUCAUUGACAUCAGGCUUGUACAAGCAAAUGAGGUUAAAAGUAGCUACCAUAUGGAGCUUGAAGGUUUGAAACGAGGACUUCAGUACAUGCAGGACGCCAAUAUCCAUAUUGCAGAAGUGGUAACUGACAGACAUCUUCAAAUAAAGAAGUAUAUGAGAACAGAGCAUACUGACAAAAAACAUAGCUUUGAUUGUUGGCAUAUAUGUAAAGGUAUAUCUGUUUCAAAAUUUAGUUUUACAACAGUUUCUUCUCUGAAGAAGGCUGGUCAGAAGAAGGGUGCCUCUUUGAUUCAAAAUUGGAUAAAAGCCAUUGUAAACCACAUCUACUGGAUUGCAUCAACAUCAGGUCAUGAAAAAGAGUUUAAAAAGGAAAAAUGGUUAUCUGUCUUGAACCAUAUGUGCAACAUUCAUGCUGGACAUGGUGAUCUUUUCCCAAACUGUGCACAUGGAGAUAUUGAUGAAAGGGACUGGAUUAUCAAAGAAAGUAUACCAUACAAAUUACUAAAACCUAUCAUUACUGCACCACUGCUUGUGAAUGACAUUGGCUCCCUGUCUCCGUUGUAUCAAACAUAUGGAUUGGAGGUCUUUCACAGGGUGAUACUCUGCUUUGCUCCAAAAAGUCAUCAUUUUUUCUACUGGUCCAUGUUGGCACGAUUACACCUCGCAGUUCUUCACUACAAUGCUAACAGCCAAAUGCAGCAAAAAACAAACAAAAUGGGGGGAAAGCAAUGGCGUGUUUGUUAUCCAAAACAUAAAAAGGGGCAACUUGCUGUUGUAAAACCUCUAAAAGAAACUCCAGUAUUUGACUAUGCAGAAAAGCUCAUCCAAGAUGUUUUGGCAAGGAGGGAAGCAUUUCCAACGCUGAAAGAAGCUGCACUUGACAUAAAGGAAAGGCAGAAGGAAACUCCACCUCCUCUAACUGCUGGUUAUGCUACAGCUGUCAAAGAUCACCUUAUUGCACACCACAGAUCUAGAUUUUCUAUUACUUAUUAGGUUCCUCGCAUU